UGUAAAUUGGAUCAGCGUCAGUUCAUUCCCAACAUCCAGAAUGUAUUCCAAAGUGUUAGCUGUACUCGCGGUUGUGGCGCUCGCUAGCGCCAACGACCUCCACGAAGGUUACAAUGGCACCGCAAGCCAUAAACCAGUCUUCCAAGGGCACUAUGCAGGUGAUUGGAAGUCUGCAGUAAGGCCUGGAAUAGAAAUCUUCGUCAAUACCAGCGACCUUAUAACUGGGAUCAACGUGACUGAUCUCCGGGACGGCAAGGACGGCGUAGCGAGCAUUGCCAGCGGCGGAAUCGGACACGAGAACGUCACUAUUUCUCUUAAGAGCCCUAACAUUCUCAGAGGAUACGAUUUUCUGGUUGAAGUUUUUGCUGACGAAGAGACAACCAAGACAAUUGAGAGGGGCAAUCGUGAUGUCCAAGAAUCUGUUAAGUAUCCUGAGCAGAAGCAUGCUCAAGCUGUCUCUACAAGCACUACUGACAAGCCUACAGACCAGCAGUAUGAGCAAGUAACUGUCCCUACUACUGGAAAACCUACGGACCAGAAUGAACAGCAUCAGCAAGUAACUGUCUCUACAACUGGCAAGCCUACAAGCGAGCAGCAUCAGCAAGUUACUGUCUCUACAACUGGCAACCCCACAGGCCAACAGCAACAGCAAGAAACUGUCCCUCCUACUGGCAGGACUACAGGCCAGCAGGAACCGCAUCAGCAAGUGACUGUCCCUACAACUGGCAAGCCUAGCCAGCAGCAACAUCAAACCGAACACCCUAUCCUAGCCGUGCCUAAUAAACAGGAGGUGGAAAUUCCGGAAGAAGUUAAAGAGCCAAAGAUUGGUUUCCAAGUUGAGGAGCAACAUUAAAAAUUGAGAUGUUUUGUGACUUAUUGAAAUAUUUAAAAUAUAAACGGAUCGAAAUAAGUAUUUGAUAUUCGACCUUAAUUACGUAAGUGACCAGUUUUAAAUAUUUCAAUCUGUUUGUUUUUAGUAACCUGUGAUUAUUACGUUGGUGUAGGCCAAUGUUAUUAAGGCUUCAGUCACACGGCCAUGAUAUUCAUCUUAUCCAUGACACACCGAACAAUUUAUUACAUAUACUAUAUAUAAAUUAUUAUUAUAACGCAUUUUGUUUAUUGUUAAAGGGUAACUUUGAAAGUCUAACUAGAAAUGGCUAUUUCUAGUUAGACUUUCAAAUUUACCAUUAUAUGUUAGUAUUCAGAAUAUAUUACAUUUUUACAUUUGCAUUUACAACUCGACCUUAUUUAUUCAUUAAAAUUUUAGUUUAUAGUCUAAUUAUAUUAUAUUAUAUUUGCUUAAAAUGCUUCGAUCUUUUCCAAUAAACCAAGCAAAGUAUGUAUGAAGUUAGUUAAUUUGCGAUAAGAUUGAAAAAUAAAGGUUGAACACGCCAAAACGUGGGCAUAUUAAAUAGUCAAUAAAAACAUAAUCAAGUACAUUUAAAAAAAAAAAUUAUUACAUUGGCUUACACUACUAUCGUACAUUUAUAAACAUACAAAUGUGUUUUAAUUAUGCUUUGAAUACGCCAUUGCUCUCACUUUGCGUCGAAUGCGGCUCAUCAAGGUUUGCACGGCAUUGUCGGGGUACUUUUUACCAGCCCAAGUCCAUGUUUUUUGCAAAUCAGCCACGGAAUUGAUUUGCCCGCCCUUCUUUUUUAAUAUCCCUUUCAUUAUGGACCAAUAUUCCUCGAUAGGCCUGAGUUCAGGGCAAUUAGGAGGAUUGCAGUGUUUUGGUACCACAGCAACACCAUUCUGUUUGUACCAGUCUAACACAGCUUUGGCAUAGUGGCAGCUUGCAAGAUCAGGCCAAAACAAUGGUUGCGAAAUAUGUUUUCUUAGAAAGGGUAAAAGUCGCUUCUCCAAACAUUCUUUUUUGUAAAUUUCGCUGUUUACAGUGCCUGUAGUGAUAAAUGAUCGACUUUUUUUACCGCAGCUGCAAAUAGCUUGCCAAAGCAAGUACUUUUUCGGAAACUUGGACCUCUUUUUUAACUUACAGUCCUCAGGAGCAUUUUUUCGACUCGUACUAGUAUAAAACUCCUGGCCUGGUAUUUGUUUAAAGUCAGCUUUUAUGUACGUUUCGUCGUCUAACACGAUGCAUUUAAAUUUUGUUAAGAAAUUAUCGUAUAACUUUCUUGCCCUUCGUUUGGCCGUCAAAUUCUGUAUAGCGUUGCGAUCAGGUGCAGCUUGAGCCUUGUACGACCUUAACCCAGCUCUUUUCUUUACUUUUUGUACAUAAGAUUGUGACAUUUGUACCUUUUUAGCGACAUCCCGUGACGAAAUCUUCGGAUUUGUGUUAAAAAGCUGUAAAACCCUGGCUUCUUUUUUUUGUGUCUUACGUCUUGCUUUCCGCCAGUACCUGACUUCCGUUCUACAGUAAACCGUUCCCGGAACUUUUUUAAAACAGAACAAACAGUGGAUUGUGGAUAUUUCAAUAACUUUGCUAGUGCUCUGUAGCUUAGAAGGGGAUUUUCUGUGUGUUUGAGCAAAAUCAUUUCACGCUGCUGAAGUUCAGGGCUCUCCAUCGUGAAAACGAAUGUACGAAGUGACAUGCUGUCAUAAUAUUUUUUGUUGAUCAUACUAUUUAGUUUAUAAAUAUAUUACUAAAUAGUUUGUAUAGUCGUAAAUAAAAAAAAUAUAAGUACAUAUGUAUGCCCACGUUUUGGCGUGUUCAACCUUUAAUUAUUUUUUGCACUAUUGACUGAUCUAAAUAUUGACUUAUUUAGCAUCAAUCAAACAAUGUUUUCCAUGUUUUUGGAUGUAUUUUAAUUAUUGUACUGUGUUAUUAGCUUUAAUAGAAUUAUAAUAAAACAAUGACUUAAAACAA